GAGCUAAGCUUGCUUAAGCCGGAUCCCCGGUGACUUCGAACAUCAAGCAACAACACGGUCAUGGAAGCAUGAGGAAUGAUCUCAUUAUCCAAAUCGAGCGAUGCUCACGUCAGGUCACAUUCCGUCACUCUCCAGCACCACUAUCCACCUUCUCAACCACAAUCCAUCCUACUCACCACCCAUCACCAUUCCUCGCGACCAUGUCCCGCGCUAUUCUCAUCACCGGCGCCACAGGGAAACAGGGCGGCAGCGUCCUCGACGCCCUCGUCGCAAGUCAGCCUUCCGAUUUCCUGCUACUUGCCGUCACCCGUGAUGCUCAAUCCCCCCGAGCCAAGACCCUCUGUGCAAAGUCUUCUUCCAUCAGACUCGUCGAGGGGAACCUCGACUCAAUCCCUACUCUCUUCGAAGCUGCCAGGAAAGCCGCCGGAUCCGUCCCGCUAUGGGGAGUCUACUCCAUGCAGGCGUCGAUUGAUUCACGGGCCCCAUUAGCUGGCGAGUUGAAACAAGGCAAGGAAAUGGUCGACGAAGCUAUCAAGGCCGGCAUCCAGCACUUCGUCUACAGCAGUGUCGACCGCGGUGGAAACGACAAGUCAUGGAACAACCCCACCUUCGUCCCGCACUUCAAGACCAAACAUGACAUCGAGAUUCACCUUCGCGAUUCCACCGCUAACGGCAAGAGCUCCAUGGGCUGGACGAUCCUACGGCCCGUCAACUUCAUCGACAGCAUCGCUCCAGGCUUCCAGAGCAAGGUCUUCAUGACGGCAGUACGCAACACAUUGAAGGAGAAGCCACUGCAGUGGGUGGUCACUAAGGAUAUUGGCGUCUUUGCAGCGAAGGCUUUCCACGACCCUACUGCCUGGGCCAACAAGGCUGUCGGCAUCGCAGGCGACGAGCUGACCUUUUCCCAACUGAGUCAGACGUUCGAGAGGGUUACCGGGCGCCGAGCUGGCACGAUAUUUGGUUUCCUCGGAAAGGCUCUAAUGGCUGGCGUUGCGGAACUGGGAAGCAUGAUAAAUUGGUUGCGAGACGAAGGCUACAACAUUGACAUAGAGGAAGUUAAGAAGGUUCACCCGGAUAUCACGUCUGUGGAGACAUGGUUGAAAACGAGUGCCUUCGCUGAGCGCUCCUAAUAGUCUGCUCAGUCCGUCUGAACACCUCAGACUGUUUAUUUAGUCCGUCUGAUUUGGUCAGACUAGACUGGCAGUCUGGCCAGGGCUCCGAGACUAGACUAUCAGUCUGUCUAUUACCUUUAAACUGAACUAUUAGUCUAGACUGCAGUCUAAACUAAUAGUUUAGAGUAUAUUAUAUAUCUCUUACUUCUCUGGACUAUAUAGUUUUAGCUUUACUACUGCUAUAUUUUUUACUAUAACUAUUAAGUUAGCUAUUAUAAAUUUCUAUAGCUUUUUUAAAGCCUUUAACUUUUCUUUUAAUAACUAUUUCUUAAGUUCUUAAAAUCCAGCUUCUAGAGCUACUAGCUAUUACUAGCCUUAACUUCCUGAUAUCUCAAGCCUUUAAUCUUUAGCUCUUUGUUGGAUACGCAAUUUUGCUGUAUGCAAUAGCAGAAGUGAUUGAUCAAGUGAUGUAAAUU